AUGAAGUCUCCAGACAAACUACAUCAGAGAUUUCUUAAAACACGUUGCAAGCGGGAUUGGGAAAUGUACAAACAAUCUCGUAACAGCGUUAAAGUUAUGCUUAAGGAGGCAGCAAUAAACCAUCUAUCUGAUGAAGUUAAAGUCCAUAAGAAUAAUCCAGGUUCCCUCUGGAAAAUAAUUAAUAAAGCUAUACCUGUAAAAGAGAAGGAAAAACAUAUCUACACGAAAGACCUCAAGUCGAUUGUUGAAGAUUUUAAUAACUACUUCACCUCAGUUGGAAAAAUCACCGCCGUUACAGCAUUAGAUCUGGCAAACAAAAACAACAUUGCACUAUCGGAUCCUAUAUUAAACUCUGAAAUCUACCCCACUGAUCAACAGUUUAAGUUUAAACCUGUCACUUGUUCAGUAAUUCGACGAAUUGUUAUGGCAAUGCACAGAAACAAAUCACCGGGGCGGAUAAGAUCAACAAGGGUGUUGUCAAAGAUUGUCUACCAGUCAUUCUGGGCCCCCUUACAAACCUAA